UUCCGACCUUAUCUAGCUGAACUUCUGUUACAAGUAAAUGAAACUGGACGCAUUCAUGUUUACAGACGAUGUCUACGAAGACGUUGAUGGUGCCAUCGUGAACGCGCAACGCAGUACAACAAACACCAACAUUUGAUCAUCACGUUGCCACAGCCCCUGUCGUCUUCACCGUACUUGUGUCGUGUCUGUUGAGACACCACGGGCACGUUGACCAUGACGACGUAUCUCAUCCCCAUUCUGUUCCUGCUGAUCCCUGGGCUGGAGUUAUUUCCCCUCUCGGCUUUCAAGCCACCCACCACCACGCAUCUCGCCGUCAGAGAAAGCCCCUUCGUGAAGCUCAGCAAGAAGGAUUUGACCAGUAACGCGUUCCACAUAAGCGUGGGUGUUGCUUACAAAGGCACCGUGGUCCGCAGCAAGCAACAGUGUCAGCAAGCAUGUGAGGCUGAGAACACCUGCGUGGUUGCCGUUCACUGUCGCCCAGACACUGACCGGCCAUGUUUCCCUGGGAGUCCAUCGUGUUCCCUGUCUGUCAACUCCCGGAGGGGCACCUGUCACACCUUCAAGGAGUCAAGGGAGGGCGUGGCACUCCCAGACAACCUGGCGACAGGCAGCUGCGAGUACCUGGUCAUACAUCCUGACUGCAGAGACACGCCCACCAUCCCAAAUGGUAUCCCUGGAUCUGAACCCGCACUGCAGGUGGAUGGCAGGGUAACCUUCACAUACAGAUGUGCCCCUGGGUACAAGUCAAUAGGGGGCACAGCCAAAGGCAAAUGUUCCAAAGACGGUGCUUGGAUCAAACCGUCUCUGAACUGCACGAAACGAAUUCAACAUGGUGCGACAUUUGGACAAGGCCCAUUCAGAUUUAACCCUCCAACCGCUGGGACCCUACAGGGCCAGAAUCUGUUAUCUGCUCUUCAGUCUAACAACAAGGCUGGUCCCACACCGAAACCUGUUAAAAAUGGUGCCAAGACGGGGAACACGGGGCAAUCCAAACGCGAAGAAAAGGCGCUCCCUCUAAAUGUCAAAUUUCAGAUAAACCAACAAAAGCCAAAAAACCAAAGAAAGCUGAAUUUGACAUUUUCAGGGGCGCAAUUUCCAACGGCAAAAGCUGUAACACGAAACCAUACAUACAUCAGCAAAAAUGUAAACCAAGGUGGAGUCGGCGACGACAAUGGAGAAGGUGUUGGUUACGAUGAAGAUAAUGAAGAAGGUGGUGGUGAUGAAGACGACAAGGGAAAAGGAAGUGGAGGAGGUAGUGGAGGUGAUGACGACUAUGAAGAAGGUGAUGGCGACGAUGACGAUAAUGGAGAAGGUGAUGGUGACGAUGACGGCUAUGAAGGAGGUGAUGGAGACGAUGACGACUAUGAAGAAGGCGGUGGAGACGAUGACGACUAUGGAGAAGGUGAUGGAGAGGAUGACAAUUAUGAAGAAGAUGAUGGUGACGAACACGGAAAAGGAAGUGGAGGAGGUGGUGGAGACGAUGACGACUAUGAAGGAGGUGAUGGAGACGAUGACGACUAUGAAGGAGGUGAUGGAGACGAUGACGACUACGGAGAAGAUGAUGGAGACGAUGACGACUAUGAAGGAGGUGAUGGAGACGAUGACGGCUAUGAAGAAGAUGAUGGUGACGAAUACGGAAAAGGAAGUGGAGGAGGCGGUGGAGACGAUGACGACUAUGAAGAAGAUGAUGGUGACGAAUACGGAAAAGGAAGUGGCGGAGGUGGUGGAGACGAUGACGACUAUGAAGGAGGUGAUGGAGACAAUGACGACUAUGAAGGAGGUGAUGGAGACGAUGACGACUAUGAAGGAGGUGAUGGAGACGAUGACGGCAAUGGAGAAGAUGAUGGAGAAGAUGACGACUAUGAAGGAGGUGGUGGAGACGAUAACGACUAUGAAGGAGGUGAUGGAGACGAUAACGACUAUGAAGAAGAUGAUGGUGACGAAUACGGAAAAGGAAGUGGAGGAGGUGGUGGAGACGAUGACAACUAUGAAGGAGGUGAUGGAGACAAUGACGACUAUGGAGAAGGUGAUGGAGACUAUGACGACUAUGAAGGAGAUGAUGGAGACGAUGACGACUAUGAAGGAGGUGAUGGAGACGAUGACGACUACGGAGAAGAUGAUGGAGACGAUGACGACUAUGAAGGAGGUGAUGGAGACGAUGACGGCAAUGGAGAAGAUGAUGGAGAAGAUGACGACUAUGAAGGAGGUGGUGGAGACGAUGACGACUAUGAAGGAGGUGAUGGAGACGAUAACGACUAUGGAGAAGGUGAUGGAGACAGUGACGCCUAUGAAGAAGAUGAUGGAGACGAUGACGACAAUGAAAAAGAUGAUGGAGACGAUGGCGACUAUGGAGAAGGUGAUGGAGACGAUGACGACUAUGAAGAAGAUGAUGGAGACGAUGACGACUAUGAAGGAGGUGAUGGAGACGAUGACGACCAUGAAGGAGGUGAUGGAGACGAUGACGACUAUGAAGACGAUGAUGGAGACGAUGACGGCAAUGAAGAAGAUGAUGGAGACGAUGACGACUAUGGAGAAGAUGAUGGAGACGAUGACGACUAUGAAGGAGGUGAUGGAGACGAAUAUGGAAAAGGAAGUGGAGGAGGUGGUGAAGACGAUGACGACUAUGAAGGAGUUGAUGGAGACGAUGACGACAAUGAAGAAGAUCAUGGAGCCGAUGGCGACUAUGGAGAAGAUGAUGGAGACGAUGACGACAAUGAAGAAGAUGAUGGAGACGAUGACGACUAUGAAGGAGGUGAUGGAGACGAUGACGACCAUGAAGGAGGUGAUGGAGACGAUGACGACUAUGAAGACGAUGAUGGAGACGAUGAUGGAGACGAUGACGGCAAUGAAGAAGAUGAUGGAGACGAUGACGACUAUGGAGAAGAUGAUGGAGACGAUGACGACUAUGAAGGAGGUGAUGGAGACGAAUAUGGAAAAGGAAGUGGAGGAGGUGGUGAAGACGAUGACGACUAUGAAGGAGUUGAUGGAGACGAUGACGACUAUGGAGAAGAUGAUGGAGACGAUGACGACUAUGGAGAAGAUGAUGGAGACGAUGACGACUAUGGAGAAGAUGAUGGAGACGAUGACGACUAUGGAGAAGAUGAUGGAGACGAUGACGACUAUGAAGGAGUUGAUGGAGACGAUGACGACUAUGGAGAAGGUGAUGGAGACGAUGACGACUAUGGAGAAGAUGGUGGAGACGAUGACGACUAUGGAGAAGAUGAUGGAGACGAAUAUGGAAAAGGAAGUGGAGGAGGUGGUGGAGACGAUGACGACUAUGGAGAAGGUGACGGAGACGAUGGCGACUAUGAAAGAGGUGAUGGAGACGAUGACGACUACGGAGAAGAUGACGGAGACGAAUAUGGAAAAGGAAGUGAAGGAGGUGGUGGAGACGAUGAUGACAAAGAAGAAGCUGGUGGAGACGAUGAUGACAAUGAAGAAGAUGAUGGAGACGAUGACGACUAUGAAGGAGGUGAUGGAGACGAUGACGACUAUGGAGGAGGUGAUGGAGACGAUGACGACUACGGAGAAGAUGAUGGAGACGAUGACGACUAUGGAGAAGAUGAUGGAGACGAUGACGACAAUGAAGAAGAUGAUGGAGACGAUGACGACUACGGAGAAGAUGAUGGAGACGAUGACGACAAUGAAGAAGAUGAUGGAGACGAUGACGACUAUGGAGGAGGUGAUGGAGACGAUGACGACUACGGAGAAGAUGAUGGAGACGAUGACGACUAUGAAGGAGGUGAUGGAGACGAUGACGACUAUGGAGAAGAUGAUGGAGACGAUGACGACUAUGAAGGAGGUGAUGGAGACGAUGACGACUAUGGAGGAGGUGAUGGAGACGAUGACGACUACGGAGAAGAUGAUGGAGACGAUGACGAUUAUGAAGGAGAUGAUGGAGACGAUGACGACUAUGAAGGAGGUGAUGGAGACGAUGACGACUACGGAGAAGAUGAUGGAGACGACGACGAUUAUGAAGGAGAUGAUGGAGACGAUGACGACUACGGAGAAGAUGAUGGAGACGAUGACGAUUAUGAAGGAGAUGAUGGAGACGAUGACGACUAUGAAGAAGAUGAUGGAGACGAUGACGACUAUGGAGAAGAUGAUGGAGACGAUGACGACUAUGAAGGAGGUGAUGGAGACGAUAACGACUAUGAAGAAGACGAUGGUGACGAAUAUGGAAAAGGAAGUGGAGGAGGUGGUGGAGAUGAUGACAACUAUGAAGGAGGUGAUGGAGACGAUGACGACUAUGAAGGAGGUGAUGGAGACGAUGACGACUAUGAAGACGAUGAUGGAGACGAUGACGACUAUGAAGAAGAUGAUGGAGACGAUGACGACUAUGGAGGAGGUGAUGUAGACGAUAACGAGUAUUGAGGAGCUCGUAUAUGAGAUUACGAAUGUGGAGGAGCUGGUGAUGAGGAGUAUGGAGGAGGUGGUGAUGAGGAGGUGGGGGCAGAAGAGGAGGAACCUGGUGUGGCUGAUAUAUAACACGGGUUUAUACUUGUAUGUAAUCCUGAA